AUCUAACUCCUUGCUUCCUAACUUCCCCCGGCAUUAUCUUCCCUCCCUCUGGCUGUCUUCUCCCUUCUUGCCCCAAUUCCCUAAUUAACUUGCCAUUCCUCAAUUUCCUUUGAUCAUAUAUUACCAUAUAUCCCUCUCUGCAGCCUCUCCUUUGCUCCUUCGGAUCGCUUCUGGGCUCGAAAAAUGAUCAAGACAGGCUCGUUCUCCGGCAAGACCGGGGACACCGAGGACUCGGAUAAGGUCGUCAAUGGCAAAGAAGACAGAGGGCCGUCCUCGACGAAGAAGACCCAGAAGGUGUCAUUCCUGAAGCUGUUCUCGUUUGCCGACUUCUACGACUACGUGCUCAUGGCGGUGGGAUCGGUGGGCGCGUGCAUUCACGGCGUCUCCGUCCCUGUCUUCUUCAUCUUCUUUGGCAAGCUGAUAAACAUCAUCGGGCUGGCUUACCUCUUUCCUAAAGAAGCUUCCCAUAAAGUUGCGAAGUACUCACUGGAUUUUGUCUACCUCAGUGUGGCCAUAUUAUUCUCAUCAUGGAUAGAGGUAGCAUGUUGGAUGCACACCGGAGAAAGGCAGGCUGCAAAGAUGAGGAUGGCUUACUUGAGGUCGAUGCUGAGUCAAGACAUCAGCCUGUUUGACACCGAAUCAUCCACCGGAGAAGUCAUAGCUGCCAUCACUAGUGAUAUUAUCAUCGUUCAAGACGCUCUCUCCGAGAAGGUAGGGAACUUCAUGCAUUACAUAAGCCGAUUCCUCGGAGGCUUUAUCAUCGGGUUUGUGAGGGUUUGGCAAAUCAGUCUUGUGACGCUGUCUAUCGUACCAUUAAUAGCCCUGGCUGGUGGUAUCUAUGCUUAUGUUGCAACUGGCCUUAUUGUCCGGGUUCGCAAGUCUUAUGUCAAGGCCGGUGAAAUAGCAGAAGAGGUGAUUGGGAACGUUAGAACAGUACAAGCAUUUGCUGGGGAAGAACGGGCAGUGAGAUCAUACAGAGCGGCUCUCGUAAACACGUACAAGUACGGGAGGAAGGCAGGCUUGGCAAAGGGAUUGGGACUCGGCUCUCUGCACUGUGUGCUUUUCCUCUCAUGGGCCCUCCUCGUGUGGUUCACAAGCAUCGUCGUGCACAAGAAUAUCGCCAACGGAGGCGAUUCUUUCACCACCAUGCUUAAUGUCGUCAUUGCUGGCCUGUCACUAGGACAGGCAGCACCAGAUAUUUCGGCCUUCGUGCGAGCCAAGUCAGCGGCUUAUCCCAUCUUCCAGAUGAUUGAGAGGAGCACUGUCAGCAAAGUGAGCUCAAAGACGGGUCGGAAGCUAGACAAACUCGAGGGCCACAUUCAGUUCAAAGACGUGACUUUCAGUUACCCAUCCCGGCGCGAUGUGGUGAUCUUCGAUAAGCUCAGCCUUGAGAUCCCCCCGGGGAAGAUCGUGGCCCUUGUCGGGGGGAGUGGGUCAGGGAAGAGCACCGUGAUAUCGCUGAUCGAACGGUUCUACGAGCCACUCUCAGGAAAGAUUUUAUUGGACAGGAAUGAUAUCAGGGAGCUCGACCUCAAGUGGCUCAGGCAGAAAGUUGGGCUUGUUAGUCAGGAGCCUGCCCUCUUCGCGACAACAAUAAGGGAGAACAUUCUCUAUGGAAAAGAUGACGCUACCCUUGGCGAGAUACAACAUGCUGCGAAACUGUCCGAGGCUUUGUCAUUCAUUAACAACCUUCCUGACAGAUUUGAAACUCAGGUGGGAGAGAGAGGAGUACAGCUAUCCGGCGGGCAAAAGCAGAGGAUCGCAAUAUCUCGUGCGAUAGUCAAGAACCCGUUGAUCCUAUUACUUGAUGAGGCGACGAGCGCGCUAGAUGCUGAGUCCGAAAAGAGUGUGCAGGAGGCUUUGGACCGAGCAAUGGUGGGAAGAACAACUGUUGUAGUCGCCCAUAGGCUCUCCACCAUUAGGAACGCAGAUGUGAUCGCAGUCGUUCAAAAUGGGAAGAUCGUCGAGACAGGGAACCAUGAUGAGCUGAUGGCAAACCCCAACAGCGUGUACGCUUCUCUUGUUCAGGUCCAAGAAGCCGCUCCUUUGCAGCGGUAUCCCUCUCAGGGCCCCACGAUGGGUCGGCCUCUCAGCAUAAAAUACUCGAGGGAGCUGUCCCGAACCACAACAAGCUUUGGUGCGAGUUUCCGGUCUGAUAAAGAUUCCAUCGGACGUGCUGGUAUCGACGGAGGAGAGACCUUCAAGCCGAGGCAUGUCUCCUCCCAAAGGCUGUACUCGAUGGUGGCACCUGACUGGGUUUAUGGCGUGUUUGGCACGGUUUGCGCCCUUAUUGCCGGAGCUCAGAUGCCGCUGUUUGCCCUUGGAGUCUCCCAAGCCCUCGUGUCUUAUUACAUGGGCUGGGAGACGACUCAGCAUGAGGUCAAGAAGAUUUCACUGCUCUUCUGCGGGGCUGCGGUGAUCACUGUGAUCGUUCACGGCAUCGCUCACUGCUCUUUCGGUAUCAUGGGUGAGCGGCUCACUCUUCGCGUCCGUGAAAGAAUGUUUGCAGCCAUCCUGAAAAAUGAAAUCGGGUGGUUCGAUGAUAUGAAUAAUGCUAGCGGGAUGCUCUCGUCACGCCUGGAGACGGAUGCAACUCUCUUAAGAACUGUAGUAGUUGAUCGUGCAACCAUCCUUCUGCAGAAUCUGGGUUUGAUCGUUGGAUCAUUCAUCAUAGCCUUCAUCCUGAACUGGAGGAUAACACUUGUGGUCAUUGCUACUUACCCCUUAGUCAUCAGCGGUCACAUAAGUGAGAAACUCUUCAUGAGAGGCUACGGUGGUGAUCUGAGCAAAGCAUAUCUAAGGGCCAAUAUGUUAGCUGGCGAGGCUGUCAGUAAUAUUCGCACCGUGGCAGCAUUCUGCGCUGAAGAUAAGGUUCUUGACCUUUACUCCCGAGAGCUCAUUGAGCCUUCAAGACGUUCUUUUAGUCGGGGCCAGAUGGCGGGAAUAUUCUAUGGCAUCUCCCAGUUCUUCAUCUUCUCUGCUUAUGGCCUUGCCUUAUGGUAUGGCUCGGUUUUGAUGGGAAAGGAGCUGGCUAGCUUCAAGUCGGUCAUGAAAUCAUUCAUGGUGCUUAUCGUGACAGCAUUAGCAAUGGGAGAGACCUUGGCCAUGGCACCAGACCUUCUAAAAGGGAAUCAAAUGGUGGCAUCCGUCUUUGAAGUUUUGGAUAGAAAGACCGAGGUGAUGGGCGAUGUCGGGGAGGAACUGGCUGUUGUGGAGGGCACAAUCGAGCUGAGGGGAGUCCACUUUAGCUACCCCUCGAGACCCGAUGUUGUCAUUUUCCGGGACUUUGAUCUCAAGGUCCGCUCAGGCAAGAGCAUGGCAUUGGUGGGGCAGAGCGGCUCAGGAAAAAGCUCAGUGCUUGCUCUCAUCCUUCGGUUCUAUGACCCAACUUCUGGGAAAGUGAUGAUUGAUGGGAAAGACAUCAAGAGACUGAAGCUGAAGUCACUGCGAAAGCACAUCGGUUUAGUCCAACAAGAGCCAGCACUCUUUGCAACAUCAAUCUAUGAAAAUAUCCUCUACGGGAAAGAAGGAGCCUCUGAAGGGGAGGUGAUUGAAGCAGCUAAGCUUGCAAACGCCCAUAGCUUCAUAAGUGCCCUUCCAGAGGGCUACUCCACGAAAGUCGGGGAACGCGGGGUCCAACUCUCGGGUGGACAGAAGCAGAGGGUGGCCAUUGCUAGGGCGGUUCUUAAGAACCCUGAGAUUUUGCUACUCGACGAGGCAACUAGUGCCCUAGAUGUAGAGUCGGAGCGGGUCGUGCAGCAAGCACUCGACAGGCUGAUGAGCAACCGGACGACUGUCAUGGUGGCGCAUAGGCUAUCGACCAUUAAGAAUGCAGAUCAAAUCUCAGUGAUACAAGACGGUAAGAUAAUCGAGCAAGGGACGCAUUCUAGCCUCGUGGAGAAUAGGGAUGGGGCGUACUUCAAGUUGAUUAGCCUCCAGCAACAGCGACAACAGUACUAGUAAAACGGAUCGGGACUUCCUCGUCGACAAGAAUAACGAUAGAAAAAGGAAAACAGAACGAGAGAAUACGUGCGGUCAGAUGAUUCAUUCAAGGUUGCUUCCUUAGUUUUACGCCAAUACGCUUCGAUUUUUUCUUUUUUUUGCCUCUUUGGGUAUACUAUUAACCUCUGUAUGUAUUCGUUUGUGAAUAAGAAAUUAAUGGGUUUCAUGUGUGACAAUAAUAUCACAGAGUGUAUGCUUUGGUGAAAUAUGCGUGCUAGUCUUAGAGGGCUGGAUUCAAAUCUCUCUGUAUAUAUCAAA